CGUCACAUUAGAAAGCAUGGCGGAUGGUGCAAUUGUAUAUUUGCUUUCUCUUCUAAUGGUCUGUUCUGAAGCUCUAACAGCAGUGGUCCAAACACAGCAGACUGUGCUGGCAGCAGUGGGAGAAGAUGCUGAAUUCAGCUGUCAGCUCUUAGAGACUAAAGACGUCCUUCAGGUCACAUGGCAGAAAAUCUCACGUGAUGUGGAGACAAAUGUUGCCACCUACAACAAGUACUUUGGUCAGAGAGUGAAUGAUGGCUUUACAGAUAAAGUCAAGUUUAAAUACACUGGACUACAGAACUGCUCCAUAGUCAUCAGGAAUGUAACAGAGCAGGAUGAAGGAUGCUAUCGCUGUCUGUUUAACACUUAUCCUGAAGGAGCCUUCACAGGUAGAACCUGCCUCCGAGUUUAUGAGCUGCAUGAACCUGUUGUUGAUGUCAGAGAGUCAAACUCUACUGAAGAGUGGGUUGUUUCCUGUUCAGCCACUGGUCGACCUGCUCCCACUGUAACACUGAGUGUCUCACAACAAGACCUCAGCUUCUCACAUUACAACACUGUCAGUGUGUCCAACACCAACGCUACAUUCACUGUCACCACUACAGCUGUGCUCUCAGGUUCAUGUAACAACAGCACACAGGUGGGAUGUGCAGCACGAGUGCUCUCUGCUCCUCACAGAGAGGUGAUGGUGACGAUUCCUGAUGAUGGUAGUGGUGAUGGUGAUGGUGAUGAUGAUGAUGAUGAUGGUCUAGAUGAAGACUUUGGAUCUAAACGCAGAAAUUUAGCAAUCAGGAUUUCUGUCAUUCUGUCCUCUGUGUUGCUGGUUGCCUUUAGUUGUGUUGCUGCACUCAUCUUUGUCCAUCAUAGAACAAAAUCUCACAACAGGAAUCUCAAGAUAAAUAAGACAUCUGAAACUAAGAUCAGAGACAGUCAGGAGACUGAAGCAUCUUUAUUCACAGCAGAGGGCAGCGAGGUCAGAAACGAAGGAGCGUUUGAGAGAAAUCACCAAGACAACAACCUGAUGUUCUCAUCAGAAGCAGCAGGAAGACUGAAUUUUGAGCAGUGCUGAACAAAUGUAUUGUUGAUGUGACUGGAGAUUAAAAACAUCUUUGUGUU